AUGACAAGGUCUCGAAAGCGAGAUUGGCUCAAGAUGACGAUGGAGAAAGUGGUUCCGGCAUCCAUCGUGAAUCAUCUGACACCAAAACCGAGAGGACCUCUACUCCUCAUCAAAGAUGGAGCGAGAUUCUCCUCUCAACCUCCACUAGAAGGCGAUAAAAAGGAGUCCCAGAAGCCACAGGAAGCAGGGAAAUAUCCCCCCGAAACAUCGAUAGAGUGUCAUGAAUCUGGUUCCCACAGUCGCCCCGUUAAUACUACUCCAAAAUCAGCUGGCCAUAUCACCUGCGAAGGAUCCCGAACACCUCAAAUAGGAUUGGCAGAAGGACUACAGCUUACAUCGCCAACUGAGGACCCCGAAGCUUUACGAGCUAACAUGCAAAAGGAUAUCGAAAACGUUUUUAUUCUCGGGGGCGAUCCGGAUGAAGAAGGCUACGGGGUUGAGGUGGAAGCCGCUACCAUAAGUCAAUCGACAGACUUCAACAUCUUCUGGCUGAUCCCGCAGCACAUAAUGGCCAUCAAGUCAAUCUUAGGAAGCGUUUUGGUACCAUGGUUCACAUAUAACAGGGAUCUCAGUCUGAAGUUUCUUCCUCACGAUGAAGAAGAAAAACCUACUAGGUUGCCUUGUAACCCUCUUCGUGAAACUCUUUACCAGAUUUUACCGGAUUACUUCGACCGGGAUACCGUACGAGAUGAAAAGGUCAACGGAUUCUUGACUUACAUUAAAGCCCACGAAGGUCUCACGGCUCUAGACACCGAAUUCCCCACGGUCAAGGCAUCUGGACACGCAGAACUCCUUCUCCUCUCCUACUUCCGAAAACUGAAGUUAGCCGCUGGAUACCCACAUCCAUAUAUUGGAACAUCGAGACCACCGUGUUUCAUCUGCGAAGCCAUUAUCUUAUCGGAGCGACUUUGCUCCGUCAGUGUACAAAAAGGUCACGGUCAUGUUUAUGUUUCGAAGAUUCCCAAAGGUAUUCCCAGGGGCGACACCGAACUUGAUGAAGACUUUCAGGGUGUUGGCAAGCUUUAUAGUCGUGUUAAUAGCUUUACACAAGAUAUUUGUUGUGAGUUUUAUGAUUUAAAAAGUGGGAAGUUAGAGAGGAAGGAGGCGGAGGCGGAGGAGGAGGCGGAGGAGGAAGAAAACGAUACCGUGCAAAAUAACUGGAGCCGCCUCAUGGAUUAUAAACAGCCGUUUACUUUCCCUAGCUUUCAGAACAAAUCCUCCUUAGGCUUAUGA